UAUGUCAAUUGCUACGGCCUACUGCAAACAUCUGAGUAAUUUGUAAUGUCGCCUGACAGAUCGAUUCCCAAUCUCUCUGACCCACCGGAAUGUCUUUUCUCCUUGGAGUUGCUGGUGGAUGAAGUGCGGCUUCACUGCGCAUCCAUUACUGCUGGGGAGAAGCCGCUUCCAGCCGUGGCGUUCCGGUUGUUAGAUUUCCCUACUACUUUGCUGUACCCGGGGCCUAGGGAAGAAGCUGAAGAUGGGGAGGAGGAGGACCCGCGGCUUCUUCGUUUGUCAUUCGCUCGGGGCAAGUCAUGUUUGUUCCGUUUGCCCUUGCCCUCCCUGCAUAGGCUGCUGUCACACACCCCGCUCUACGUUCUGUUGCUGGACCUACGACCCCAGCUCCCUCUGCUACUGGGCAGCUGCCUCAUAUCACUGGCGGAUACUGUAAGACUCCUAAAAGAAGAGGCAGAACACGGAUGUCAGGGUCUCCCCGCUCCCUGUUGGAAAGGAGCAAAAGGGAAGCACUGCUUGCACGACUUGAUGGGUCGCAGCAUAGGCUCUAUCUCUCUUGGGUACCGGCUCCUGUGCCUGGGAGGGAGCAUGGUGGGGCAUGUACCAAUGAGCAUGGACCCAAAAAGCUGUAACGAAUCCAUCAGUGCAGAAAAUACGGUGUCAGAACCAAAACUUCAACAUGAAUCAGCACAACCAAUAUCUGUACAACCCUUGUCUUCUAAAGUAUCAGCACAGCAAGUAAAACAAUCAAACUCAUCAUCAACAGCGAUCCAAUCAGCACUUUCACAAAGAUCUGACAUUGUGAGGGUGAACACUCCAGUAACACAUGUUUUUAAAGAUCUAGUUAAAGAGAAGAUAGAGCAGCCUCCAACAUCUAGCCAAUAUCAGUGCUCUGUUACAACUCAGACUGAGCAGAAAAUAAAGUAUCCAUCAUACACUGAUGUAAAGGCCAAGCUGAGAGAGCUGGAAAAAGAGGCCAAUGUGUUUUGUCCUCCACCACUUUACUUCAGAAGCAGUGCUAACCCCAAACCAGCCAGUGAGCCGACACCCAGAGAAAGCAGAUCAAUUACCAGACCUAUUAUAGAAGAGGAAAUUAUGGUUGAUCAUGUACUUAAUGAAGAUAACACAGAGAAGAUAACCUAUAACAACGCCAGUGCUGUUCCCUAUGACUGUGAGAAGGACAAUGAGAUUCUUCAGCAUCAACAUCAGUCUGGCGGUAACAAUAAAACGAGUCUUAAUCAGUUGCCUUUGCUAAAUGCCUUGUUGGUGGAACUCUCACUUUUAAAUGAACAAAGUUCUUGGAGUAGCCAGCCUGCUGUCCACCCCCAGUUAGCUUGGCUUUAUACAAAUGUUGUAGGUAGUGAAAUCAAUAGACCAGUUCUGCAAGAGAAACUAGCGAAAAAGCCACAAAGCCCAAAGCCAAGGAAAACUAAACAGGACCAUGCAUCAAGAGCCCCCUCUUCUUUGUCACACAAUAUGGAGAAUAAAACCCCUAGCAAUAAGGUUAACAAUAAAAUGUUUUUGAAGGAUGAUGGGCACAGCAGGAAAAAAUUGUUUUAUGGUUUGACAAAUACUCUUAGACUACGUUUACAGCAGACUAACCCCAAUGUUUUAAUGGCACAUGAACAGAGAGAGCAGCACAGGAAGAGACAGAUAGAAAUGACAAAGCAGAAGAAAUGGAGUCACAGAAGUAUAUUGUCAAAAGGUAAAUCCCCUAAGAACUCACCAAAAAAAACAAUUUCCCACAAUCAAAAAUCAAUUGAUGAAAACGUUGAAACACUGAUACAGAGUAGUGAAUUAAGUCACUUGUCAGAGUUUGGUGUUACAGAAAAAGAGCAUCAAUCUAUUGCUGCCCAUAACCAUCAGAGUGGUUUCAAGCAUUUACCAGAAGAAAAAAAUAGCUUUUUAAGCAAUGUUAUAUCUACGUCCCAGAAAGAUUUAGAUCUUGACCUUAAAAUUAAUUUGCCAAGGACAUCAAUACAGCUGUCUGACAGCAGUAACCAUGAAGAUGUGCAUUCCCUUUCCAGCAGUCCUGACCAUCAGCUUUCCUUGGAAAGAGUCCACAGCUUGGAUAAUACAGGGUAUUCAGAUGAUUUUACAAGUGUAGAUUAUACUGGAAGGUAUUCCUCGGCUUUUGAAAGUAGUCCUGAACCAGGAUUGGUUGAUGUAAAAAAUGACUUAUCCCACAGUGAUUCUGAAAAUAGCAAGAACAGCUCUGUCAAUCAUUCUUUAACGCCAAGCCUUUCUGCUCCCGUUCCCAUACUUUCAAAUUCACCUCCUGUGCAAGUUUUCAAAAGAAGAUCAGAGAUAAAUAAGAAACAGGAAAAAAUAAGAUUACCUAUUGAAAUUUCUAAUUAUGAUAUUUCCACUGAGGAUUCAGGAAGGCAAGAAAUAUCACAUACAUGUUAUGAAGUUUUUAGCAGUGAAGAUCUACUUAGGAAAAGGAACAGCCCGGCAGUAUCAUUUGGAGAUUCAGAAAAUGGACGUAAAUCUUGUGAAAAAAGUCUUUCAGUAAUGACCUCACAAGUGAGCUCUUAUUUACCUUCCAAUAUGUCCAACCUGGACAUGAGUGCACUUGAAAGUACAACAUCUGAGCAUUUUAAUGCAGAAACAACCAAUGGGGCGAAUACUUUUUACAAUCAAUACAAAAAUGUAUCAGAACUACAAGUAAACCAGCUGCUUGGUUACACUUUAUAAUUUGUAAUACAGCAGAAGAUUUUUGUUAUGAAGCUGCAUGGUAUUUUUUUUUUAAUACAUAAAACUCAACAAUAUCAUUUUGCAGAGUCCAGAUUUGUUUUUUUUUAUUUAAAUAUUUGAGAAUUUAAUCUCUACAUUGCAGAACAUUUGCAUAUAAAAUAAAUGUUUUACAAAAAUAAACCAAUAUCGUGGAGACAGUCUGUAAAAAGGCUGUUAAGAAUGUUUACCUUAUCUCCUCUCCUCUGGCUGGUUAUUCAGAAUAGUUUAAAAGUGAGAUCUAAAUUCUACUGCCUCUCAGGGGCAAUAGAAAACUUGUUUUUAGAUUUAAAUUACUGGUAAAUGAAAUAAUAAAAAGCACAUUUCAAUGUGUUUUUGAGGUUUGUAAUGUCCAUUUAAAACAAAUAAAGAAUUACAUCCACAAUAAA